UUUUUACAGCCCCGGAUGUGUCGCUUGGCAACUUCUAAAGCAAAAUGGAAGCGGAGACGGUCAGUUCGGAUACAGGCAACGAAACAGAAAUUGACGACCGUUUACAAGCUUUAGACAAUGAGGACCUUUAUCAGUUUGUCGAAGAAACCAUACGCUCCAAUAAAGUCCUUGAAACAGAAACACAAAUGUUUGAGAAAUUUCUUCACCAUGUAGACCCAAAGGAACGUAGUGGGCGCUUUUCAAGCAGUUCUGGUGUCUCAGGACAUUUUGGACGUGAUGACUUUCCCAUGGGUGGUCAAAAACGCCCAAAAGUUCACAGCCUACUGUCUGACCGAAUUUUAAGACUCACUGCAGAACAGAAAUGUGACAUUGCCCAGCGCGAGAUUGAGGAGUUAAGAGAUGAUACAGAAAAGCUUCAAGAGGAAUCAGAAAAAGUCCUGGACACUUAUCGAGCAAUCAUGGAAGAGGCAGACAUGCGGCUUGCAGAAACAAAAAAGGAAUCAUAUGAGUUUGAACGCGAUAUUUUAAAAGGAUCAGUCAAUAGUCGCACAUCAAAAGUUAUUGCUGAGAAGGUCUUGCGAUACUUUGAUGAUCGACUCAAGGGAAGGGAUUCACUGAUAGAAAAACUACGACUGAAAAAUGCGACCUUCAAAGUACAGAAGAAAAAACUUAUUCUUCAACUUAAGCAGAAAGAAGAGAUGGGUGAAGUACUGCAUGAAGUGGACUUUAACCAGUUGAAGAUUGAGAAUCAACAGUACCUGGAGCGCAUAGAUGAGAGGAACCAGGACUUACUGCGCCUGAAGUUAAUGGCCGGCAACACCCUACAGGUUCUCAAUUCUUACAAGAAAAAACUGAACACUGCAACAAUGGAGUCAGAGAGACUGGCAUCUGAAAUCACAGCCAGGAAUGAUCUUCUGUCAAAAAUUGACGCAGAGACAGAUUUUGUUGAAGAUGAACGGGCCAAGGCAGAGAAAAUCAACAGAUCAUUGCGCCAACAACUGAAUGACUAUCGUGUACCUUCUGUUAUGGAGUAUGUUCAGGAAAAAGCAAGUCUGUAUGAGCUGCGGAAAAAAGUGAAAAGUUGGGAGCGAAAAGUUGAAAUAGCUGAGAUGGCACUUGCAACAUACAAGAAGACUUGGAAAAUCAUGCUGGCCACCGAAAGUGGGAUCCCACCAUGGCUGAAGUUAGACUUGACAUAACUGACCACCUUUAAAGAUGGAGUCUGUCUUCAGCCUAAUGGAGUCCAUCUAAUGUGGAACAGAUUUUCACAUAACUUCAAGAAAAAUCAUUAACUUGUGAUCAGUAUAUAAAUAUAUAUUGAAUGAAAUCUUUUUAAUAAUAUCCAUUCAGAUUCAAGUCUGUUAUAGCUUUUUCUGUUAUUUUAGUCAUGUCACGAACUGCUUAAAAGGUCAUUAUAAUUUGAGAUGUCUAAGCAUAUACUUGCUUAUACUAUUUGGUGUAUGCUGAUGGUAUGAAACUUGCUCUGUUGAGACUGUCUAUUGCAAGGAGAACUACAAAUGAAAUACUUGUACACUGUAAAAGUGAUUAAAAUUUGUUUUUCAAGGCCUGAUAAUAUUUUGUCAGCAUGGUUGUACUAUUCAGUUACUUCUAGCAUCAUAUGGAAGUAAAAUAUGUGAUCCAUCAA